UCUGUACCUCAAUUAAUGUAGUUCAAAAACCUAUCUAUCAAUUAUAUUUAUCAAACGGAUAACAUGGUGCCGAUUUAUAUAUUGGGCAUAUUUAUUAUUAACGCGAAGGCCCAAAUUGAGGAUAUCCCCAUUGAGAACUAUGAGCGUUUGAAGCAUGGUGACAACGAUAUGGAUAUGGAACUGUUGCCGAGACUUCAAAGGGAAGACGAUCCUAAAGGGCAUUUUUUCAGGUACAUGAAGUCGCUGAAUAGCGAGUUUCAACCCAAUGACGAUUCUGUCAGUGAAAGAUUUAGAAACAUUCCUCGACCUGGGGGGUUUCGAUUGUUGGAGGAACAAAGGAGAUUAAAAAGGGGUGCUGAAGAUACCACUACUAUUACAACUACUGUUCUACCAGAUAGUAUUUUAAGUGAGGUUAUUAAAAAACACCUAGGAAAACCUUUGGAAAUAAGUGAACUGGAGACUACAACCACACGGAAUGUUAAAGGGUUAGAUAGUGAACACUCUACUUUAAGUAAUAAUUUGCUUAUAAAUGAUUUUAUCAGAUUUAAGAGGGAAGCCAAAAGCGAUACUAACCCAACAAUCACCAACAGUGAUGCUGAUAGUGACAGUUCUCGUUUAAAACGCGAGCACAAAUCUGGUGAUGCCGAGAACAAAAAUUUUGAGGAUAGGACUAAAGAGCAGUGGACCAAGCAGCUAUAUCCUGUAAGGCGUAGCGACAAUUAUGAGGAUAACACUCAAGUUUCAUCUGAAACUGUUAGAGCUCCAAGAGUGCAUUUUGUCACGCAAAGACGCUUGGAAUCAAAUGUUCCAAAAACAUACGAAAGAGAAGCUAGAUCCAGGGAUUUAUCCACGGACAAAACUAGGGAUAUGGAUUAUUAUCAACCCAGAUAUUCCAGACAUUAUAGCCCUCCAAUAACACCACAUUCUUACAGAAAUGAUCCAUAUUAUUCAAGAUACGAUAGCCAAAACGAUUAUUACGAUAGAUACGAUAACCACUACGCGGACCGUGACAGAUCAUACAAUGCGAAGCCGAAAAGAAUAAUCUACUAUGCGACCCUGCCCGAUAUAACUCGUACACCGCCAAAUGUAGAUUUAAGGGACAGAUACAACUACGGCGAUAGAUACGAGAAUAGAUACUACCCCAGCCUCGACCGAUAUCGUUCGACGAAACGUUACGACAGUUACGAUAGGAGUAAGGACACGUAUCCUUUAAAAGUUUCCACUGACGUGAAUGUUAAGGAGAUCCAGAAAAAUCCGGAAAGAAGAAUUUAUUCGGAGGUCGAUCGCAGAUAUCCACCGUAUUAG